CCUCGGCUCCCCCUCCGUACAGCCCGGUUACCUCGGUGGUUUUUGAUGUAUUUCUUUACGUUGAAAGCGUGCUCUUUUAGAAACUGCUCGGCACGGCGGUGUUUGGCCCGCGGGAUGGGACCUCCGCCUCCGGGCCGUGUCUGCGCCUUGCUGCAGUUGCUGCUGUUACCUUCGUUGGAACCCGGCAGGCACCGCUCGUCCCGAUGAACCAACGCCGGGGCUGUAGCUCAGCCUGUUGUGUUUUCUGAGCAUAUGUUCUGCCGUGCUUCACCACGGCGGUGACCUCGAAGUGGAAAAUACUGCCUAUUGUCAUUUAAUCGCUUAUUUAUUUCCUUAACAAACUUGGGCUUCUACACUAGUGAUACAGUGGGGUACUGUGGACCUCUGUAACAUCAGGAGACAGCUUUUCUGGUGCUGGUUUAGCUUGGCUGCAGUGAGCUCUUGGCAGCACCGAACUCCUGAGGUCAGACUGGAGCUGGCUUAGGUUCACAGCUGCUACCUGGUGCCAGAUUCACCUGUUAAGAGUUUAUCAGCUUAUUACAGCUGACUUCUGUUGUAGAAUGGUUACUUAUUUACCAGCACAGCCAUUUUCUAGAUAUAGUAGUUACUGGACAAGUGCUUGUAUAAUUAAUGAGACGAGCAGUGGCUGACUCUCUAGCUCAGGAAUGCAGUGUUGUCAUUGAAUACACUGCGUUACUUCGUUCCAUCUAAAUGAAAGCUUGCUUUUAGAAACAAAUAAAUUAGACCCUUGAAGUCUGUACAAACAAUGUCAAACUAAUGAAUUUUAAAACAUAGUUGUGGCAGAUAUGCUAUAUUAUGUGCUUUCAUCUCGUCUACAGUAUUGCUAAUUACAGGAGGGUAAGCUCACUUGGCCUGCUAUUGCUGCAAGCUUUCAGAAACCCAGCACGGUUACACUUGGAAUUUUAACCUGUCUUUUAGCCUGUAAUUUGCUUACACUGUUUGGCCCUCCGGUGAUGAAUGUGUGUGUACGUGCAUACAUUUGCUACCAAAGCUCUGGACAGGAAAACAUUUCCCACCUUCCUCCUGCCUUUUAUUUUUCCUUGGGAAACAGUUUUUCUUGUUCCUUGCUGAACUGCUGCUAGGUUUGGAUCUCCCUUCCUUGGCGUUUCCUGUCUCUGGCAGCCACCUCCUGCCUUCCUUCUACUGGCGCUCAUGUGCAGUCUGCUUUCCCCGCAGCAAAUUGGGGCAUUUGGUGCCUUACUGGGCAGGGGGCUGUGCAGGAGCCCCACACUGACUGCCUGGCUGUCCUGCCUGUGUGUGCUCACAGGAGUUACAGGAGCUGUGUAACAGUGCCUGGGAAAAGCAGUCUGUUUCUUCCUCUGCUUCUGUGAGCGCAAGCAAAUGCAGUUAAAAGCGUCUUUGAAGGUUAUGUUUAUCUUGCACUUUAUCUAAUGUUUAUUGUUUGUAAAGAACGUUUCCUUUUUGUAAUAGUUCAUUUGAAGGGAACUACAGCCCAGCACUGGACUUAGGAAAAAACAAUGGUUGCAAACAUAAGAAGUCUCUGGUUUUUGUAUUUCUAUUAGCUCCACGUAUAUAGGAGAAAAUUAUGAGGACACUGCUAUGGAUUUUUUUUUUUCCCGACCAUGAAUGAAAACUUAAAGUUCAGCAAAGUGGAAGUGGUGUUCCCAGAAUUGACAAUAACUUUAUUAGUGUACACACUUAAUUAGUAUGACAAAUACAUUUAACUCUCAGAAAAUAAUGUAUGUAGUCAGUGAAAGCAGAUUUGUUGUUUGGCUUGGCUGUGUUAUUGGCAUGCUUUAGUUUUGGUGUCUGGAACAUCACUUACAAAGGUGAAAUGUGCAAAUGAGGAGAACCUCGGCGUGCCACGGUGACUCCAUGGAAAAGCUGGAAAAUUAAGGACAUGCAUCAAUUUGAGGAAGAAUUGACUUGCUCCAUUUGCUAUAGCCUGUUUGAAGACCCACGCGUCCUCCCUUGUUCCCAUACCUUCUGCAGGAACUGUCUGGAAGGUGUUAUUCAGCUGUCAAGCAACUUUUCCAUUUGGAGACCCUUGAGAGUUCCUCUGAAGUGCCCAAACUGCAGGACUGUUGUUGAGAUUCCUGCCUCGGGCACCGAGUCGCUGCCCACCAACUUUGCCCUGAAGGCCAUCAUUGAGAAGUACCGCCAGGAGGAUCACUCUGAUGUGGCGACCUGCAGUGAGCACUACAGGCAGCCCCUGAACGUCUACUGCCUUUUGGAUAAAAAGCUAGUGUGUGGCCAUUGCCUUACGAUAGGAAAACACAACGGUCAUCCCAUAGAUGACCUUCACAGUGCCUACCUAAAAGAGAAGGAGUCUUCUGGGAAAAUUCUCGAGCAGUUAACUGAUAAACACUGGUCUAAUGUAUGCUUGCUUAUUGAAAAGCUAAAAGAACAGAAGUCUCAGUGUGAAAGCAUUGUUCAAGAUGAUAAAAAGGUAGUGGUACAGUACUUUAAGAAGCUUAGUGAGACACUGGAACAUAAAAAACAAGUUCUGCUGGCUGCACUGGAUGAAAUCAACAGACAAAUUUCAGAAGAAUAUGAACCUCACAUUGAGAAGUUGAAAAAAAUAAGGGAAGAACAGCUGGAAUUAAUGUCACUGAAUACUUCUAUUCAGAAAGAAGAGUCUCCACUUGUUUUUCUUGAGAAGGUGGACAAUGUGCAUCAACGUAUAAAAGCUCUGAAAGAGAAGGAACUGCCGGAUGUUAAACCUGUGGAGAUUUACCCAAGGGUUGGGCACCUGUUGAAGGAUGUGUGGUCUAAAACUGAAAUUGGUCAGAUCAACAAGAUCCUGACUCCGAAAAUAAAACUGGUUCCAAAAAGGAAAGCACACAGCAGGAGCAGUGAAAAGGAAAGAGGAAAACCUGAAGAACUUCUCCAAGCUGCAAAUCCUCUCUCAGUCACCUUUAUUUUCACAGUAAUAAUAGUGAUAGCCGUGCUUUCAUUUCACAAACCACUGUCAUCGGUUGUCAUUGAAUCCAUUCCCACUUAUAUUUCAGAUUUCUUGUUCUUUACUUAUCAAGAUUUCUGCACCUGUUGGCAGAACACAGUGGAUGUGGUGUGCCAUAAAUUGCAUUUACUGGCAGAGUUUUUAGGGAGAAUUAUUCCUACUUGACUGUUUCAGCUUUAAUGUCAGAAACACCAUGAUGUCUUUGAAGUUUCAAUUGAAAAGCCAAAUUGUUAGAACUGUGCUUUUUCUUUCUUUUUCCAUAUCCUUCCUUUUUCGGUAUAGCUUUCCUCUCAGUUAACUGUUAGGCAAAGGAGAAGGUUUACAAUGAAAAGUUUUUUUCAUCUGCUUACGCAGUAAGGGAAGUUAGCAGGUGUUGAAACUGGAAGCCAUCAGAAACAAUGCGUGUGUAAGAAAGCUGCAAUCAGCUUACAAUCUGUAAUCUGGAAGAGAGCAAUCUCCAGUUUGUAGUAACUUCUUGAACAUCUACUUUUUAAAAAAAUAAUGGUAACAUAAAUGGAAAUAUUUUUUUAAUAAAAGCAGUACAACAUGAAUGGUUUUUAGAAGCACCUGACCACUCACUGGCUGCUCCUAGACAAGUCAGUCACUUGGUCUGGUGUACAUAGAGCUCUUCUGCUGCGUUUUAUUGAUCUCUUUUUAAUUGAUAUAGCUGUAGUCUUUAAGUCAUGUGUUAAUGGAUCUGGAUUUCAUUUUGUGUGUUCUUGGCUGCUGGUGACACGAUCCUGUUUACAGAGUAUCUGUAGUACCUGUGGUAAAAUACUGCACACAGCUUUUAGUGCCAGCUGUGCACAAAUCAGGUAUUGAUUCUAGCAGGGAAUUUUCAGUGCUCAUAAUGAUCCUUGACUUUCUGCUGAAAGAUUUAGUGUGUAGUGAAAAUAGAUACAUACUGCAAUAAGUACCAAAACUCCCUUCAAAAUCAGCGAUGUAAGGAUUUCAGAUGUUAUCAAGAGUCCUUAAACAACUUGAAAAUGAGUGUAAAUCUAUUUCUAGCUUUUCAGCACAAAUGAUGGAGGCUUUAACUUGACGUAGAAGCCAUAGCAUUUUGUUCUGCAGUCAAGUAAUUGGUAACAUGCUUCUCUUCCUAUGAUGAGGUACUAAACUGCACUCAAUAGAAAAACUCACAAUGAAAGCAGAUUUUGACCUGCAGUUAUUAACAGAUUGAUUACAGGCUGGAAGAAUUGUUAAGCGUUGCAGUUAGAACAGCAGAACACAGAUAAGUUUACAAAAAAGAAUAUCUGUCUAAUUUUGACUCGGUGCAAAUAAUAGUAUAUUCUAGCAUAGCAGCAUUCCUUGGGUGCUUUGUUAUUUAAAGAUACUCAAGUUGCUGAACUAGUGAGUAACUGUGAGGCCAGCCUUUCACAACUUGGUGUUUUAAAACCCUUGCGCAAACCCAGGGCUGCCUGCUCUACCAGCAGGUGCUGCCGGGGGGUCCUGCAGAACAGCAAUUGCUGCCACUGAUGUCAGUGAGGGCUGAGAGCAAGGCUGAUGCUCACGUGUGAUGCUGAUGUAUUCCUUAAGCCGAAAUAAAGUCCUAAGCUUAUUGGUAUCCUCGUAUUAUGGUAUUGAUAAAACAUUAAGUCUAACCAAGUGGCAGCUGUGCAGCACCCUUCUCCGCAGCUUGGUGGUUCACGUUGCUCAGAUUUGACUGAAAUGUCAAUGAUAAGCAAUACUUCACAGGAGCAGGCCUCUGCCCUGCUUGUCUAUGGUUUGUACUUCUAGCAUGAACAGUGGCAAACCCCACUGAUGCUGCUGGUUGGAUCGUGAAAUCCUGUGUAGGCGUAGCCUAGGACUGGGUAGGUGCCCAAUAAAACUGGAAGUGGGCUCUCUGUCUUUCUCUCAAGCCCUGCUGGAUGGCUGCCGUCUGGCACGUUAAGUCUCACAACCUGGUGCUAUGUCUGCUACCACACAAAUCUGCUUUUUUUGAUCUGCUUUUUUUAUUUUCAUGACUUUUACAAAUAUUAUGGAAAAUUUAUAAUGCAAUUUUAUUUUUCCAGAUUAUGUGAAUUUAUAAGAUGUCUUUAUCACUGAUUGAUAGAAACAUUUAGUACUCGUACCUAUUGGUGUACUAUAUAUUUUAAUAAAUUUGCAUAUUCUUACAUUA